AGAUCAAAAAAAGUGGUUCAUCCGGUUGCAACGCCUUACGCCACGUUACGACAUGCCUCUUACGACCAGAGAUUAUCUCUAGAAGUCAGAACGAAAUGAGCAAGGCGUUAUACACAAAUAUAACAUCUGCCAGGACUGGACUUCACACCUAAACUUUCAUCCCUGCCUAACCUUUUCAGUCCAGUCAAUCCCACUCUUAUCAUCUGAUCGCUCACAACCCGCCGCUCUUUACUUCCUUACCCUCUCCUAGUCGUACCAUGUUAACACUCACCAACAUUACUUGGCUGGACCUAUGUCUUGCCGGUGUCGGAGUAUAUCUGGUCAAGCAGGUUUUCACCACCAAGAAUCCCGCACCAUACCCCCCUGGCCCGCCCGGGCGACCUCUCAUUGGGAACAUCCCAGACAUGCCUCAGGUCAAGCCCUGGCUCACUUUCACCGAGUGGGGCAAGAAGUAUGGUGAUAUCUCACAUGUCGAAGUUCUCGGUCAGCACAUCAUGGUGCUGAACUCUGUCAAGACCGCGGUAGAAAUGCUGGAAAAGAAGAGCUCUGUCUAUUCUGAUCGUCCUGUUCUUCCUAUGGGUGGCGAACUUGUUGGCUGGAAGCACACUCUAGUUCUUCUCCCUUACGGCGACGUUUUCCGCGAAUACCGCAAGAAUUUCCACCGCGUCAUUGGCAGCCGUGCUGCAUUGGAUACCUACCACCCGAUCGAAGAGAUUGAGACCCACCGAUUCCUGAAACGCGUACUUGCGAAACCCGACCAACUUCAGGCACAUGUUCGACAGUAUGAGAAUAAUGAUCCCUUUGUCGACCUCGCUGACCGCGCUGUCGACCAAUUCUCGCGGUCCACGGCUACCGGUGCCUUCAUGGUUGACAUUAUGCCGUCCUUGGCAAAGGUUCCUGAGUGGCUCCCCGGUGCCGGUUUCAAGCGUGUAGCCCGUGAAUGGCAUGAGACUCUCGAAGAAAUGGUCGCGUCACCCUACAAGUUCGUCAAGGAUCAAAUGGCUGCUGGCACUGCCCCUAAGUCUUUCACCUCGAAUCUAUUGGACGGCCGUACUUUGUCUGCCGAAGAGGAUCACAUCGUGAAAUGGUCUGCUGCGUCCCUAUACUCCGGUGGCGCCGACACGACGGUUUCCGCAAUAUACUCGCUUUUCCUGGCCAUGACGCUUUUCCCCGAUGCGCAGAAGAAGGCUCAGGCUGAAAUCGAUGCCGUAGUUGGUCCUGAUCGCCUUCCUGCUUUCGCCGACCGCGACUCCCUCCCCUACACUGAGGCCCUUGUCAAGGAAGUUCUCCGCUGGAAUGCCGUUGUUCCUACCGCUAUUCCUCACCGAGUUACUGAGGAUGACAUUCAUAAUGGGUACUACAUCCCCAAAGGCUCCUUGAUAAUACCUAACGUUUGGUUCAUGCUUAAUGAUCCGCGGACAUAUGCUAACCCCUCGGAAUUCAACCCUGAGCGCUUCUUAGCGAAAGACGGCAAGGAGCCUGAGACCGACCCUCGCACGAUCUGUUUCGGGUUUGGCCUCCACCUCGCUGAUGCGUCUGUCUGGAUAUCUGCUGCGAUGUCGCUUGCCGCAUUUGAUAUUUCCAAGGUUGUCGAGAAUGGUGUCGAGAUCACCCCUGAGGUUGAUCCGUCAUCAGGUACAAUCAGCCCUUCAAAGUGCUCUAUUAAGCCCCGCUCUGCUAAUGCCCUUGAGCUCAUUCAGCAAGAUGCUAACUACUAAGCGCACGAAGAUGAGACUGGAGAGACACGGGGAUCAUUCCUUGCCGUGGGUGGCAACUCACACUUGACAUGCUUCAUAAUUUUGCAUCUUGCACUCAGAGGUUGUGCGAGAUAAUUGGUCCUGUAUCGCGAUAUCAUAUAUGUCAUCUUGCUUCAUCUUGUACAUGUUGGAAUAAUUUUACGAAGUGCCAAUGAUAUUACCGUGACUCCGCCCCCGUUCAGGUCCAGACUACCUUUGCUACAUUCUGGCAAUAUUAAUGGAUGUACAUGCAAAUACUUGGCCUACCAACAAAUACACAUGCUCUGUCUGACAAC